GCGUCGUUCUCUGCUAGGUGCCGAGGUUAGAGGCUCGACGAUUUAUCCAAGGAACCUUCGCUAGUUCGCAGAAAGCUAUUGUCAAAACAUGGGCGGUGGCAUAUCUCGGCUGUUUGGAGGCCGCAAGGCCAGGCCCAAUCCGACAAUGUGGGCCAUCGAAGAACAGCAUAGAAGAGAGGCGGCGGAGAGAGCAGAAGCUCAACGACGCCAGCAAAUCGAACGAGAGAGGCAGGAGCAGGCCGAAAGACUGAGGCGGGCGCAAGAGGAAGCGUGGAGGGCCGCCCAAAUUGCGGAGCAGCAGAGGCAGGAACAAGCCGAAAGACUGAGGCGGGCGCAAGAGGAAGCGCAGAGGGCCGCCCAAAUUGCGGAGCAGCAGAGGCAGGAGCAGGCCGAGAGAAUCAGAGUCCAGCAGGAGGAGGUCCAGAGGGCGGCUCAGAUAGCAGCGCAGCUCGAGAGGGAGAUGCAAGAGCAAGCCGAAAUUGCCAGACGAGAACACGAGGCUGCUCAGAGGGCUGCUCAGGCCGCUAACGAGUUGCAAGAGCAGGUGCGCAAGAAGGAAGCGGAGAUGAAGAAAGCGAUGGAGGUCCAGGAGGUGAUGGAGGCGAAGUGGAAAACAGGUAUUCGUCCAGUCGAAUGGCCUUCCAAGGAGAAAUACGAGGCGACGAAACGUCGUUUUUACAAGGAGGGCAAGUUUCAUCUCGCCAUCACUGGAAUUUCGGGAACGGGAAAAUCGUCUCUCAUCAAUGCCUUUCGAGGCAUUUGGGAUGAUGAUGAAGGUGCUGCUAUGACUGAUAUCGUCGAAAGCACGUCGGCGGUUACUCCCUACCCUGAUCCGAAUCCCGCCCACCCAUUCAUCUGGUUCGACGUCCCGGGAUCCGGAACGCUUGCGUGCUCUGAUUGGACCUACUUCAACGACCAGGGUCUCUACAUUUUCGACGCCAUAAUUGUCCUCUUCAAUGAUCGCUUCACUGCCACAGAUAUCGCUAUUCUCAGGAACUGCGAGCGAUACAAUAUCCCGACGUAUAUCGUUCGCUCUAAAUCUGACAUCCAUAUUGCGAAUAUCAUCCAGAGGAAGAGGCGGUCAGCUGGUGCCAAGGUUAAUCUUGCCAAGAUUCUUGACGAGGCACGCAAGGAGUACAUCGUGAGGACCCAAGAGAGCGUCAGGUCGAAUUUGAUGAGGUGCGAUCCUCCUAUCCGGUCGCAGAAGAUGUAUGCAGUCUCUCGGGAUACAUUGACGACCAUUGUACGAGAGGAGCCGUUGGAUGAUAUGCUUGUGCUGAACGAGGUAGAUUUGUUGGGCGAUAUCCUUCAGGACGCGCAUUCACGACGAGUGGCAGACAAGUCUUAUGGUUCGAUGUCGGAUCUUAUGAAAAAGGCCGGGUUAGACAUUUUUCGAUUAUUUACAAACUAGUUUCUUCUCUUAGUUUUUUUUUCUCUCUCUGUAUACAUUAUGGUACGAUGUUGGUCUCCAGUUUGUCUUUAGCUUCGGUUCGACUUUAACCUGUCCACUGUCUCGUGUUAGUUCAAAUUCACAUUGUUCAGUAAAGCAUUCGUUGGGCUUGAGCGUUCGUUUGCU